CCGCAGCGCGCCGCCGUUACCGGGCCUGCAGCUAUGGCCAAGGACAUCCUGGGUGAGGCAGGACUACACUUUGAUGAGCUGAACAAGCUGCGGGUGCUGGACCCAGAGGUUACCCAGCAGACCAUAGAGCUUAAAGAAGAAUGCAAGGACUUUGUGGACAAAAUCGGCCAGUUUCAAAAAAUUGUUGGUGGUUUAAUUGGGCUUGUUGACCAACUUGCAAAAGAAGCAGAAAAUGAGAAGAUGAAGGCCAUCGGUGCCCGGAACUUGCUCAAAUCUAUAGCAAAGCAGAGAGAAGCCCAGCAACAGCAACUUCAAGCCCUAAUAGCAGAAAAGAAAAUGCAGCUAGAAAGGUAUCGAGUUGAAUACGAAGCCUUGUGUAAAGUAGAAGCAGAACAAAAUGAAUUUAUCGACCAAUUUAUUUUUCAGAAAUGA